AUGUCCCAGAACAGUGACCGUCGCAGCAUAGAAGGGAUGUCCCAAGAUGGUGACCGUCGCAGCAUAGAAGGGAUGUCCCAAGAUGGUGACCGUCGCAGCAUAGAAGGGAUGUCCCAGGAUGGUGACCGUCGCAGCAUACAAGGGAUGUCCCCGAACAGUGACCGUCGUAGCAUAGAAGGGAUGUCCCAGAACAGUGACCGUCGCAGCAUAGAAGGGAUGUCCCAGAACAAUGACCGUCGCAGCAUAGAAGGGAUGUCCCAGAACAGUGACCGUCGCAGCAUAGAAGGGAUGUCCCAAGAUGGUGACCGUCGCAGCAUAGAAGGGAUGUCCCAGAACAGUGACCGUCGCAGCAUAGAAGGGUUGUCCCAGAACAAUGACCGUCGCAGCAUAGAAGGGUUGUCCCAGAACAAUGACCGUCGCAGCAUAGAAGGGGUGUCCCAUGGGGGGAUGUUGGGGCGUUUAGGGUUGAGUCACGGUGCGGACUUUAUAAAUAUAAAGUUUUGGUCUCCAGGAAAUUGA